AUGCCGAUGCACGCAGUUGCUAUUUUACGAGGAACAAAUGUCGAUGGCGAAAUUAGAUUUAUGCAGGAAAAUGAGGGAUGCCCAACGAUGAUCGAAGGUCAUAUAAGUGGACUCAGUCAAGGUCAACACGGUUUUCAUAUUCACCAAUACGGUGAUUCGAGAAAAGGAUGCGAUUCAGCUGGGCCACAUUUCAAUCCUUUUGGUAAAACACACGGCGGUCCACAGGAUGAAGUGCGACAUGUGGGCGAUCUUGGUAACAUAGUUGCAGAUGCGAAUGGUGUUGCAAAUAUCAAGAUGUCGGACCAUUUAAUUCAGCUUCAUGGAGUGAAUUCUGUGAUUGGUCGUGCUAUGGUCGUUCACGCAGGCAUUGAUGAUCUUGGAAAAGGUACGGGUGAUAAGCUGGAAGAAAGCAAAAAAACGGGAAAUGCAGGUGCUCGUGUUGCUUGUGGCGUUAUUGCAUUAGCUGCUGGUCAAUGA